AUGCACGGCUUCAUCUUUGAAAUCUUAGAGGCCUGGGUGAUAGAGCAAUAUGGCCUUGACACUUGGCACACUAUCAAAGAAGUCGCAGACUGCAAUGUGAAGGAUCACUCCUUCAUAUCUCGUGGCCAAUAUCAGUACAGUACACUUCUGGACUUGCUUGUUGGUACAUCGGAGUUGGUUCAAAUCCGUCUAGAACUACUCCUCAAGUUGUUUGGGCAAUUCAUUGUUGGAUAUCUCUUUGACUCGGAGUAUGGAUCACUGCUAAGAUGUCAGGGAUCAACGCUGUUAGAAUGGUUGUCACAUUUGAAUGCCAUGCACGAUCAGUUCCAAAAGAGUUACAACAGUGAAAAGUUCUGCCCACCAGUAUUUUGGUGUGAAGAGAGCGAGGAAGAUGAACGAUGCAUCGUGUUGCACUACUUUAGUCAUCGUGGGAAUUCCCUAGUACCAAUGGUCCAUGGUAUCGUCGACGAAUUGGCCAAGUCCCAUUUUCAAGUGGACAUCCAUAUGGAUCUUGUGGGCAAGCAGGAUGAACACGAUUCGAGAUAUACGUCAUGGAAAAUAUCUGCCAUUGACGAAAGCCUUGCCUAUAAGCUAAAGCCUCCCAAAGAAGCAGUCCAUAAAGGUAUUCCCGAGACCCUUAAGAACGUCAAGAUACCCAUGAGGUGUCCCGUUUCUGGAAACCAUGCACAGGUUCACAGACUGAAUCGAUCACAAUCUUCUCGUUUGGUUACUGAAAGCCAGCAAAGGAGGUCAUUAUCACCCAAACCUGACAGUGCCACCGAAGGCAUCUCUAUGGAUCUGAUGCGCAAUGUCUUUCCAUUUCAUGUGAUUGUGGAUGAGGAGUUUCGAAUAUUGCAAGUCGGGAGGAAUCUUCCUAAAGCGUUACAAACAACGGAAGAAGACCUUCGUGGGAAUCACAUCCAAGAAUUCUUUACGAUAACGAAGCCAGUUUUUGCUUUCGCUUGGGACUGGCAAUCCAUGAAUCGGCUAUCACAUCAGAACUUCUUCCUUGCUCAGACGGAGUCAAGUAUCAAGAAUAAGGAGAACAAGGCCAUCAUCAAUUUUAAGGCGGCAAUGCUUGCACUUUCGAACGAUAAGGUCCUUUUCUCCCUCUCUCCUCAUGUCAAUAGCCUUAGGCAGCUCACCGAAAUUGGGUUGUCACUCUCUGAUCUUUCACUCAUCACAUCACAACGCGAUGCUGUCAGUCUCGGAGAGUAUGUAUCCAAAGAAUCGAGGAAAACAAAUUCUCUUGACAAGCUCAGCAAGAAGUUGAAAGCAGAACAGAAACUUUCGAACAGUCUGCUUUACAACAUGCUACCAAAGCAAGUUGCAGAUGGUCUUCGAAUGGGACAGACUGUGGAGCCACGAUACUAUCACAAUGUCACUCUCUUCUUUUCUGAUAUUGUCGGUUUCACGUCCCUGUGCCAACAAGUACAGCCUUGGGAAGUCAUCGAUCUAAUGAACCAGCUCUAUUCCGUAAUGGACGCUUUGACCGAUCGAUUCGACUUGUACAAGGUCGAGACUGUAGGGGAUUCUUACAUGUGCGCUUCUGGAGUCCCGGACGCUGACGAUUCACACGGGGAGAAAGUUGCAAACUUCGCCCUCGCUGUCCUUGAGUGCACUAAGCAUGUCAAGUCGCCAGUGACAGGAGAACCAAUCGAGAUGCGCAUUGGUAUCCACACUGGCAGUUGUACAGCGGGUGUCGUUGGUAACUUGACUCCUCACUACGCUUUAUUUGGAGACAUGGUAAAUGUAGCUAGCCGCCACGAAUCAACAGGUAUGCCAGGACGAAUUCAAUGCUCGCAUGAGCUAUUCGAACUGUUGCAAAGCGGGAAGGCCAAUGCACAUUAUGAGUUCCAAGAACGGGGCUUCGUCGAUAUGAAAGGAAAGGGAGAAUCUCUUACCUACUGGCUUGAAUGCGGCACUGCUGCUAACAAACUCGCCAACCCAAGUGCGCUGGAACGUUUGUCUCGAGAAAUGAAGGAUGUUCUUGUCUCAGAGCAAUGGAAGAUGCAGGAGUAUUUCGACAAGGACGAGUCAACUCGCCCUGAUUUUGGAGAUUUCUUGAGCCCCGUCGCUGUUCCAAGAAAGAAACUGACCGCUGUCAGCGAAACCAACACGGCUCCAAGUGCACCAAUUGAGAUGUCCGAUUGGGACACACUUCUUCUUGACAGUUCAAUUUCGAGAGAAGAAAUUCAAGACAAAAUCUUCGAUGUCCUCUUUUCGACGCUAAGAAGAUGUGCUGGAAAGGGAGGUGAUAGCCUGACAGAGGCUCGAAAAGACUUGCUUCACUUUGUUGAUCUCAUUUGUGGGCUCUAUUCCCACGAAAAUGUCUUUCUAAACGUUGCCAAUGUCCUUAUGCGAGCGGAGUUUCUCCUGAAGUUGAGAAAGAGAUCGGGGGGUUAUGAUUCCUGGGACGACUUUGUGCUCCUCUUUUCAGCAUUCAUUCGCGAUGUCGACUUGGAUGCUGACGAAGAUUCUCGGCUCGCCAGUCGCACUGGAGCUGCAUCUUUGGGGGAGGGAAUGUCGAUGGAAGCAGCCAUCGAGUUUCUUGAAGAUGAUUAUGAAGACCUUUGCGAAGUCAUCUUUAGGGGUUGUCCUCGGUUCCGCAAGCUCAUGAGGAAGCUAGCCGUCGCUUCGGCAGAACUUGAAUCGGAGGCGAAUUUUAGAGCAAUGCUGAUGGAAUUUGAUCGAACUAUGGCAGAUACAAGCACGGAAAAGAAGGCACUGAGACGGAAAAGCGAGGUUCAGCUUGGAAUGAUCCUAAUUCUUGCAACAUGUGGCCACUACUGUCAGUCCUACGAGGUCUUCCUUCAUUGGAAUCAAUUACAGUUCAAAGCUGAGCUUCAGGCUCACAAAGAUGGUAUUUCAGACGAUCCUCGGCAGGAAUGGCAGGAGUGGCAAGCUGCUGUAUUCAAAGCCAGCGUGUAUCACCUCUUGGAUCGCACCGAUCGAUUCUUGACUGAUGGCAUGGGCCUGAGAAAACGAGCAAACUUGAAUGAAACGCAGUGGAGACUUGAAGGUAAAGAAUGGGUGGGAGCGAUACUUGUCCCAUAUGCGAGGCUAGAGGCAUCUCUGGAUGAAAAGUUUUCAUACGAGCAACACAUUAAUGCAAACAUUGCAAUUCUAGAGCACUAUCUCCGAAGGGUGAUCGCAAGCCACAAGAGAAACGACGAUGUUGAUGCUUCUGAAUCAUCAGAAUACAUGGAAGCAACGACUCCCUACGAAGAACUUCAGUUGGUAAUUGAGAUGGCGCCAGUGGCCAAUAGCAGGCGCAUUGCCGAAUUCGAACUCCCUCGAGUUGUGCGACAGGAGCUUCGCGCAUUUGUCAUGUCAAUCGCAGGUGGAUACAAUGAGAACGAGUUCCACAGCUUUCGUCACGCAAGCCAUGUUGUCUUACUGUCUAACCUGUUGAUGGAGAGUAUUGAUGUGGCCGCUCAGGGGAAGGAAGGUGUUACAUCGGAUCCACUGGUUUGUUUUGCAAUUGUUCUAUCCGCGCUGGUCCAUGAUGUCGGUCACACCGGAGUGCCGAACGGUCAAGUAGCUGAAGAGAAUCCGGAACUUGCCGAUCGAUACAACAACCAAAGCAUUGCCGAGCAAAACUCGAUCGAUGUUGCAUGGCAAUGUCUGAUGUCCAAGUCAUUAAAGCAUCUUCAGAUGUGUUUGUUCGGAUCAUCAGAGUCAGAGAAGGCGAGACUUCGUCAACUGCUAGUGAACAACGUUAUGGCAACCGAUAUUUUCGACAAGGAUCUCCGUGCACUUCGACAAAAGCGGUGGGAAAGAGCCGCUACUUGCGACCACGCAAAGAAAACUCUGGCAAUGGAGCACAUCAUGCAGACAUCCGAUGUGGCGCACACCAUGCAAGAAUGGGACAUCUACCGGGAAUGGAACGAGAGCCUUUUUCUCGAAAUGUACGAGGCCUUCUCUGAAGGAAGAUCUGAAUAUGACCCAAUUGAUGGCUGGUACAACGGCGAGCUUUGGUUCUUUGACAAUUGGGUCAUCCCGUUGGCACAAAACUUGAAGUCAUGUGGUGUUUUGAGUAUUGUUAGUGAUGAACUCGUUGCCAGGGCCAGAAGCAAUAAGCGACGAUGGGCGUUGGAAGGCGAAAAGAUCUGUCGGUCCCUGUGGCAAAAGGCGAGGGAAAGGCAAAUGCCUCAUAUGAUGAUGCAACGAGCCCAUUCCAAAAGUUCCAUUCUUUCUAGAAGGUCAUCAAUGCACUCGGAAGAGUCUACCGCAGUGGAAACGAUGCUAGCCGCGACGGUUGUGGAGGAGAUCGAAUCCUUGUCUAAGGUUUUGAAACGAUACGAAGAGAAAAUCGAAACUGCUUGUACCAAUCUAAUUGGAUUGACGUACAAGAACGAGAAUCAUCCUCCAGCGAAGCAAUUGAAGCACCAGCCUUGGCAAGAAGUGCGAAAACACUUUCGCAAGCAACACUGGUACCGCAACCUGCACGAUGGUACUCAUCGUGAGGAGGAUGAUGAUAAUGAUAAUGACGCCAAAGUGCACAUUGCACCCCCCACACAACACGCCUUAUUACAAGAGGAGGAAAAUAGAGAAGACGCCAUCCACGAAUCAGACGACGAGGACGACGACAUGAGCUGUCUGACCGAGAACAGUCGUGAUGCGAUUAUGAAGCACUCGCAGUCCACCAUUGUUGGAGAAGUCCGUUGA